AUGAAACUCAACAGCCCUCUUCCUCAGACGCUCACAAAAGAGUGCACAAAGGCUGCAUCUAUAUUCCGGUCUUUCGUCGACAACGGAAACAACGGCCUUGAUGGUGUCAUUCCUCGCUACGUCCUCGAGAAUGCGAAAGGCUUCGCUAUCUUUACUAUCUUCAAAGCCGGUUUUAUCUUCUCAGCCAGAGCAGGGAGCGGAAUAGUAAUAGCAAAGCUCGAUAAUGGGUCAUGGUCUGCUCCAAGCGCCAUUGGAACUGCAGGCUUGGGAGUGGGCGGACAGGCCGGGGCUGAGAUGACCGAUUUUCUUGUUGUGCUGAACUCUCGCUCUGCUAUCAAUUCGUUUAUGGCUGCAGGCUCUCUCACUCUUGGUGGCAACAUGAGCAUUGCUCUUGGCCCACUUGGACGCAAUGGGGAAGCGACUGGUGCUUUAAAUACGAACGGAAAAGUUGCCGCCAUGUACAGCUAUUCCAAGACUCGAGGCUUAUUUGGCGGCAUCUCCAUCGAGGGGUCCGUCAUCGUGGAAAGACAAGACGCCAAUGUACAGGCUUACAAUUCACCUGUGACCGCCAGACUCCUUCUUGGGGGAGUAGUCGAACCCCCAACCUGGGCGACGCCGCUCAUCAAAACUCUCGAGGCAUGCACAGGCAUGCCUGGCGGUCGAGAGUGGGUCUACGAUGAACGGCCGCGCACCCCCGGAGGUACGUAUAUAUUCGGAGGCGUAGCUAGUCCGGGUGCUGGUCCAAGUACACCAUCCUUUCUUCGGAAGAAGAAAAAAUCCGAAAAGGACAGCUUUCCUCCUCAAUCCUGGGGGACAGCAUCAGACUCGGGAUCGUACUUUACCGACGAAAGGCCUGGUACCCAUUCCCGUAAUAUGACAUGGGACGGCCACGCCACCAUCCCCAGCACCUUUGAAACACGAUUUGAAUCGGAUUUUAGUGUGGAUCAACCUAUAUCUUCAAAAUCGAAUCCUUUUGCGAAUGGCAAUUCGUCGUCAUCUGAACCUAAGAUCACAGCUAAGCAGCGCCAUACUCCCUACUUCAAGUCGACGAGUCUCGAUUAUGCUUCUCCCCCAUACUCACCACCUUCCGAUAUUGAUCCAUUCUCCGUCCCUUCACACACGCUGUCCUACAUUAAACCGAAACCCGAACUGACGCGACCACUUUUACCACAUGAAGGCGUUGCUAAGGCCAUUGCUUUGUAUAAUUUUCGAGCAGUCGAGUCAGGAGAUUUAUCGUUUUCGAAAGGCGAUGUUAUCAUCAUCACCCAGAAGAGCGGCAGUACUGAUGAUUGGUGGAAAGGUAAACUUGGAAGCCAUGAAGGCAUUUUCCCCGCAAAUUUCGUGGAAGUUGUAUAG